AAUGCGCCGCGCGGGUCAAGCUAGCUAGCUGCUAAGCAAACGUUGGAGCAGGCAGGCGCAAGCAAUGUUUAUUUGACCACUGUAGUCCAGAAUCUUUGAAAAUCAUGAGCUCUUCAGACGAAACGUGUAAAGGCACGAAACGACCUGCAUCUCCAGAUGAAACAGGACCCACACAGUGGGGCUCGGCAGAUUUAGGGACAGACGAAAGGAAACAGAAGUUUUUGAGGCUGAUGGGAGCAGGAAAGAAAGAGCACACUGGACGCCUUGUUAUUGGGGAUCACAAGUCAACAUCCCAUUUCCGCAGCGGGGCAGAAGAUCGGAAGAUCAACGCAGAGCUGGAGCACCAGUAUCAGCAGGGUAUGGAUGGGAAGCUAUCAGGAAGGAACAGGAGACACUGUGGCCUGGGCUUCAGUGAGCCCGAUCCACCUGCCGAGAGCGCGAGCGCCACUGCGCCCGAGAAGUCAGACGGUUCAGAAAAGGCCCCCGAACCACCAUCAGAACCGCUCAAGGACGAGAAAACACAUUCAUCCGACACAGAGCUCAAGAAAGAGGAACUGCACACAGACUCAAAGGAGGACAAGAAAAAGACUUUUAAAAUGUCAUUUGUAAAAUCCACAUAAAUGCCAUCGUUUUUUUUUUUUGGUCGUAAGUUCUUGAUCUCCUAAAAUAUUCCGGUGAGGUAUUGAGAGUGAGAGCACAUUUUUAUCUCCGUUAAAAUUGAAAAAUUGUGGGUUUCAAUUUUAAAUGUAGUUACGUCCGUCGACAAGCUGUUCGGACUUUCCUGGUCUUGUUGAGAAUGGUUUACUCUCUGCAAAUUAAAGGCAUAGUUCAUACAAGAAAUUAAGAUCCUGUCUCGCUCUACUCGGCUCUUAUGAUUUCGUAUAAAUAUGAGGACGGGUAGAUUCAAUUUUGUAUAAAAUUGUCAAGAAAGUGUGGUACAGAACUUUGCAAACAAUGCCAACUGUGUGUAUUAAAAGGUUUGGGAAAAUAUCAAUAAAAAGAAAAAAUUCUGUGAUCAUAAAAAGCUUUAAAACAUUCCA